AGCAGUCGGCUCAACAGCAGCACUUAAGUCGCCAUGAUCCGUGCCUGCAUUCUCUUGGCUCUUGCCACCAGCGCUUUCGCUGGCUACGCUGGUUAUGGCCUCGGUUAUGGCCACGGCUAUGGUCUUGGCUACGGCUACGGUGGUCUCGGAUACGGCUAUGGUCUCGGCUACGCCGGCUAUGCUCCAGCUGUGCACACUGUCGCUCACGCUGCCCCAGCCGUCGCCACCGUCGCCCACGCUCCAGUCGCCACUUACACUGCUGCUCGAGUUGUUGCCGCUGCUCCAGCCGUGACCAGGUACGCUACCACCUACCGCGCCCCAGUCGCCACUUACGCCGCUGCUCCAGCUGUUGCCACCUAUGCUGCUGCUCCAUAUGCCGCCUACCACGCCGCCCCAGCUGUUGCCACUUAUGCUGCUGCUCCAGCUGUCGCAACCUAUGCUGCUGCUCCAGCUGUGACCAAGGUUGCUACCACCUACCACGCCCCAGCUGUUGCCACCGUGGCUCACGCUCCAGUCGCCAGCUACGCUGUGGCCGCCCCAGCCGUGGCCACCUACGCUGCUGCUCCAGCUGUUUCCACCACCACCGUCCAUCACGCUCCAGCUGUGGCCACUGUUGCCCACGCUGCUCCAGCUGUCGCUGCCUAUCACGCCGCUCCAGUCUACAACUACGGUGUCGGGACCCUUGGUUACGGCGCUGGCCACUACGGCUACGGUCACGGUCUGCUCGGCUACGGCCUGAACUACGGCUAUGGUCUUGGCUCUCCCUACCACUACGGUGCCCUUCUCCGCAAGAAGAAGUUCGAGUUUGCGUGGCUACUCUGGCUGCUGUACGGGCUUCAAGAAAAUGGUAUCAAGCUGAAGGCCGAGAAAUGCCAUUUUCGCAAAGAAUCAAUAGUCUACCUGGGCCAUCGCAUUGACAAAGACGGCUUGCAUCCGCUUGAGAAGAACCUAGCAGCAAUACGCGACUCGCCACGGCCUACGAAUCCUCCCAGAUUCCAGUCCGGCGACCAGGUGUGGGUGCGCAACUUUGGCCAAGGGAAGCGUUGGCGUCCAGGCAUCGUCAAGAGCACAGAGGGUUCACGCCUUGUAACGGUCGACACUCCAGAUGGCCUAGCCAGACGUCACUUCGACCAAAUUUUCCGUCGCAUGCCUGUGUCACCCGUGACCCCAAAAGCGGAGGCUCCCGACUCGCUUCAACCCAGCCCGGACAACAAGAAUCGGCCCACGUCCACGCCAGAAGGCCGGUGCAGCCUGGCCACUCCAGAAGCAACUGGCGCUGCGCCUGUUCCUUCGACAACACCUCCAACGUCCCUCCCAGCCGAACAGGCUCUCUGUCCCCCAAUUUUCCACCAGAAGGCGCCGUGCAGGAACAACUUUUCGUAUAAAAGACCACGCGAACAGAGCUCAUUCAGCAGUUGGCUCAACAGCAAUUCUGAAGUCACCAUGAUCCGUGCCUGCGUCCUCUUGGCUCUUGCCACCAGCGCUUUCGCUGGCUACGCCGGUUAUGGCCUCGGUUACGGCCAUGGCUACGGUCUUGGCUACGGCUACGGUGGUCUCGGAUACGGCUAUGGUCUCGGCUACGCCGGCUACGCUCCAGCUGUGCACACUGUCGCUCACGCUGCCCCAGCCGUCGCCACCGUCGCCCACGCUCCAGUCGCCACUUACGCUGCUGCUCGUGUUGUCGCCGCUGCUCCAGCCGUGACCAGGGUUGCUACCACCUACCGCGCCCCAGUCGCCACUUACGCCGCUGCUCCAGCGGUUGCCACCUAUGCUGCUGCUCCAGUUGCCGCCUACCACGCCGCCCCAGCUGUUGCCACUUAUGCCGCUGCUCCCGCUGUCGCAACCUACGCUGCUGCUCCAGCUGUGACCAAGGUUGCUACCACCUACCACGCCCCAGCUGUUGCCACCGUGGCUCACGCUCCAGUCGCCAGCUACGCUGUGGCCGCCCCAGCCGUGGCCACCUACGCUGCUGCUCCAGCUGUUGCCACCACCACCGUCCACCACGCCCCAGCAGUGGCCACUGUUGCCCACGCUGCUCCAGCUGUCGCUGCCUACCACGCCGCUCCAGUCUACAACUACGGUGUCGGAACCCUUGGUUACGGCGUUGGCCACUACGGCUACGGUCAUGGUCUCCUCGGCUACGGUCUGAACUACGGCUAUGGUCUUGGCUCUCCCUACCACUACGGUGCCCUCCUCCGCAAGAAGAAGUAGACCAUCCAACAGCAACUUUUCUGAAGAACAGGAAGAGAAGUUAUAGUCAUCAACUUCACUCUUGCACCUCCUGCCAUAAUGGAUGCAAGCAAAAAAUAAAGUUCGUCCGCACCACAAGCAAAA